AUAGUGCAAAAAGACCUUUAAUUUUGUUGCUAUCUGUAGUUUUACAAACAAUUUUGACAUUCUUUUAUAAUUUUGCCGAUAUAUGCCAAUACCAAGAAAUGACCAAGAAGCUUAAACAAAACACCAAUACCUACCUUUAGAAUUACACACUCUCUUACAUACAUACUCUUUGGUAUUUUGGUUUUAGGUAGAGCCGUAAAGAAUACUUUUAUUAUAGGUACGUUUAGUAGGUACUCUUUGGUAAUAAAUUGUGGAAAUCUUGACAAUACUAUCAGUGAAAAUUGUGGUUGUGGUGAAGCAAAGUGGAGUAAAACAAGAACUAUAAAAUUAUAUGACAGACUCUUGAGAAUUAAGUUAAAGAAUAUAACAAUAAAAAAACAAAUAAAACUUACAUUUCAAUAAAAAUGAAAGAAAAACGACACAAAAAACAGCAUAAAAUAUCUUCAAAACAUGGGAGUAGUGUCAAAAAAUCAACUCGAAGACGGAGUUCUUCAGAAAGCUCAAAUUCAUCAUCAGAAUGGGUAGAAAAAGAAGAAACUUCAAAAAAGUCACUAGGUAAUCGUGAGGAAUGGAUGUCAUUGACUGGAAUGUUAAGAACAUAUACAAAAGAUGAUGUUAAGCCAAAAAAAGAUUUAAGAGACAAGAAGCACAUUGAUUCAUACAACCCAGCUAAAAGUAGUAGAGAACUCAAUCCUUAUUGGAAAGAUGGUGGUUCAGGUGUACCUCAAACAGCUGAGGACGUUCGAAAAUCCAAAGAAUUUCUAAAGCCCGUUGGUGAAGAUGAUUAUUAUUCACAAUCUACUUCAUAUAGUUCAAGGAACACUUCAGAAAAAUAUAAUUCUUAUAGGUCAAAUAAAUCAUCUAAUUGGCGUAAAGAAUCAAAGGAAAAAUUUACAAGUCAUGCCAGUGAAUCUUACACUGUUUACUCAGACAAAAUUAAACCAGAUUCUCCUAAACCUCCUGCUAAAAGUAAAGAUACUUUGUACCUUUCUGAUGAAAAAAUGAAUAAAUUGGCUGCAAAAAUUGUAAAAGCAGAAAUACUAGGUGAUAUGAAGGUAGUAGAAGAAUUAAAAGCUAAAUUGGAAGCAGCAAGGGAGUACAGGAGGAAUAAUCCUGAUCCUUCAGAGGCAGACGAUGAUGACAGAAUUCUUUUGAUGUCAACAACCAGCAGUGGGAAUAGUAGACCAUUAGUGAGCAAUCCAGGAGAUCCUCGAAGUAAAUGUGGCAAACGCAAGGUGGAAACACAUGACUCUUCUGGAAGAAUUAAAUACUUCGGAAAUGAUGAUAAAUAUGAUUUAGCACAAAUGUUUCAACAAGAAAAAUAUGAUUCUAAUUAUGACCAAGAAGCAGAAUUGGCAAGAGUUGCAGGUAAAAAUAAGAAUCCAAAUGAUGAUCUGGAGGAUAUAUUCUUAGAUGAUAUAUCAAAGAACAAAAGUUCAUGUAAGGAAAGUGAAAAGGAGAAACAUCGUGCCAUUAAUCAGAAUAAGAAAUUAGAGAGAUCUUUAGAAGGAUGCAAUUAUUGCUUCGACUCUAAAAACAUGUUAAAACAUCUCAUAGUCAGUUGUGGGAGUAAAAUAUAUAUGGCAUUACCUGCUACAAAAUCUCUUGUUAAGGGACAUUGUAUUUUAAGCACUAUUCAGCACUCAAUAUGUGUGACAGCUUUGGAUGAAGAUAUAUGGACAGAAAUACUGAAUUACAGAAAAAUGAUAACUCAGUUUUUCAACAAUCAAAAUAAGGAUGUGGUAUUUUAUGAAACCGCUACCAGAUUGCAUAGAUAUCCCCAUAUGGUUAUAAAUUGUAUACCAUUACCUAGAGAUGUUGGAGAUAUGGCAUCUAUUUAUUUUAAGAAAGCUCUAUUGGAAUGUGAAGCAGAAUGGUCAAUGAACAAGAAAGUAGUAGAUUUAAAGGGAAAAGAUAUUAGAAAAGGUAUUCCAAGGGGUUUACCUUAUUUUUGGAUCGAUUUUGGAAUGGAUCCAGGCUUUGCUCAUGUUAUUGAAGAUCAACAACUUUUCCCAAAAACAUUUGCUGAGGAAAUCAUUGGGGGUAUGUUGGAUUUGGAUCAUACUUUGUGGAAUAAUCCUCAUAGAGAAUAUGGAGAUGUGCAAAGAAAAAAAGUUAUAGAAUUUGUAAAUGAUUGGAAACCUUUUGAACAGUCAUUCAAAAAUUAAAAUUCAUUAAUGUCAUAUAAGAAAUGUAAAUAUUAAGGCUAUCAGGAAAUGACUAAAGGUUUUUUUUUUUUUAAAUAAUGAUACUUAAUAUAUUAUUAUAUAUCUGCGGAUGUGUGUUGUUUCAUAAUGCUGUUCAAUCAAAAGACCAAAUAAAAAUAAAAGUUUAUAAUUUAUUAAUCUC